GAAAAACAAAUCAAUCGAUGUACUCUCUAUGCUCUAUUUAUUUUCAUUAUUGUGACGUUUCUUGUGAUAGUGGACUCCACAUUUCUUACUCGAUCAAUUACGCUCUUAAUAAAGAGAUUUUUACGAUCCGAAUUAGUGUUCACUCAUCGUAAUCGAGUGUUUAGUGCAAUCGAGCCGACUCGCGGCUUGAAUUUUUGUGUCCCAAGUUCCAACCACACCCCAAAAAUAGGCCUCUCGGAUACUGCCAUUAUGGACAUGAUGAUAACUAAUAUACAACAACAGAGACAAAUUACAGAGCAGCUCCGGAGGGAAGCUGCAAUUAAAAGAAUUCUGGUGUCACAGGCUGUGCAGGAUAUCAUGAAGUACAUCCAGGAGCACACACAGGAGGACUACCUGUUGGUCGGGUUCAGCUCGCAGAAGGCUAACCCGUUCCGAGAGAAGAGCAGUUGUUCCGUUUUGUAACUCAUCGGUUCCCUCAUUGUGCAACGAGCAGUUACUGACAUGUAAAAUCAUUUCAUUUACUAAUUUUAAGGUACCUGGCACCAAGCAUAGUAAUAAUUAAUCAAUUGUGUAAUUUUUCAGCUAUAGAAUGAUGCUUGGUCUCAGUAUUUGUGUUUUUUAAACGUAUUCCUCCAUGUAAGUCUCUGUAUUUUCAUUGUUGUCAUAAACUUUUUUUAUAUUAUUUUGUCUCAAUGAUUUUAAAGUUACAAUUUUCAAUACUUAAUACUUUCUCAUACUAUUUUCUUCACCAUUCUGGUUUGCCAGUCGUUUCUCAAGCAGGCUUUGAGGGGAUCAAAUUGUUGACUAAAACCUGUUCAUGAAGUAAAUUUUAUCAUUCUAAUAUCACUCUGGAAGUCGCUAAGUUUUGAUAUUCCUCCUCGCUAUUACUAAUUCAGACAAAGUUCUUUUGCCAUAUCUCAUUCACCUCUCAACUAUCAAUCCUCCGAGUAUUUUCUGUUUUCAUUCACAAUUACAGAAAA